AUGGACGUGGCGUUCAGAGAUGGAGAGACCGAGAAGGAGGUGAAGCCAAGAAUCAUCAUCGAGCUGUACAAGACGAUCGCGCCCAAGGCUGUGCAGAACUUCAAGUCCAUGUGUGAGGGCGCAUACAGAGGGUCGAAGUUCCACAGGGUCGUGACGCGUGGCUGGGUGCAAGGAGGAGCUGUGGGGAACGAGUCGAUCUUCGGGGGCACGUUCGAGGACGAGAGCUUUGCGGUGAAGCACAGGGGAGCAGGAGACCUGGGCAUGUCCAACACGGGCCCUCACUCCAACGUUUGUCAGUUCUACAUCUCACUCGAGAAGCUGUCAUGGCUGGACGGCAAGAACGUGGUCUUCGGUCGAGUCGUUGACGGCCUCAAGGCGGUGAAGUUCGUGGGGAAGGCCCAGGUUCAGCCUUGGAACCAGAAGCCGCUGCUGGAUCACUACAUCGCCGACUGCGGUCUAUUCCGAGACGCGCAGUCGCUUUCCAAGAAGCCUCUGCUGCAGAAGCAGGAGGAGGCGAAGGAAUCGCAGGCUGCGCAGGGCGGAGGAGAAGGGGCAGGAGGGGAGGCGGAGGUGGCGAAGGCCAAGGGGGAGGCGGGUGGGGAAGGGGCCGAGGGGCCGGGGGAGGCUCCAGGACAAGCCCAGCAGAUCUCAGACAUGAACUCGUCGUAUGAUGAAGCCAUGCAGCAAGCGGCUCUGAAGCUCCAGACGGCUGGUAGAGGAUUCCUGGACAGGUCGCGCGUGAAGAAGGAGAUAAUCCUAAACUUCUCCGAGCUCUUUGAGAACGUCAGCGCGGAUAAGCUCUGGAGCAUCUUCGGAGAUUUCUUAGCUCCUGUACUGCAAGAAGCAGGUGUGUACAAGGAAGUGAAGGCAGAAGGUCAAGUCUCCCUCGGCUGCAAGCGAGUGGUGGUCCCCAUGAAGGGAUGGUGGACAGACGUUGAGAGGGAGGAAACCUUGGUAUCUCUCAACCCCUCAAAGAGAUGGCUCUCAGUCUCUGUUACCGGGCCCAAGGACACGCUCUCCUCUGCCAAGUACAACAAUUGCGUCUUGACUUGGAAAGUGAGGGAGGAGGACGGGAACUCGAAGCUCCUCUUCGUUACCAAGUUGAUCCCCAAGAACGACUUCACUGAAGAGGACAUAUCUCCUUCCUUCAGCUCUGAGUUCACUUCCUCUGUGGAGAAAGUGAAGGAGCACUUGUCGAAGCCUCAGUGACUGGGGGACUUAGUAAGAGCCUGACGUAGAUAGAAAUGAUAUGUAAACAAACCG